AUGUUUUCAGGGCUAAUAAGCUUGCGUGAGUUUUUAACUUUAGAAAAGGUUUUGAAAAUUUAUUUUUAAGUAACUGGCGAAGGAACUGGAAGUGAAAAAUGUUGGAGGCGUGGCGAUGCAGCUUUCUUCAUUUAAAGAAUUACAUCCGGUAAGCUCUUACUUAUCUAAAUUUUAAUUUAUUUGAAUAGGAAAGAAAAUAGAAAGUAUUUUCAAUUAAAUUACUGUAAUGCGCGUUUUGGAAGAGUGUACAACUACAUGCGUCAUAUUUGACGCGCAAAAAAAAAAUAAAUUUUAAGUCUUUUUUUGUGAUUCUUUUCUUUUUUCUUUGUUCGUAUAGAUGGUCCAAGAUUCGAGUGCAAUUAAAAGGAAAGGUUUUUUUUUAAGUUCGUCAAAACAGAUUCACAAAACAUUUUAUCGUAGUUCGCCGCUUUCUUCUAGAACUGACUACUAAUUUUUUUUAAUUUCAGAAUCCGCCAUGCAUGACCUUGUCCAAUGGGGCGCCAAUAUGCUGCAAAACGGCUUCUUUAACAGCUGGGCCUCGCGGUCCGAUGCUUCUUCAGGACGUUCUUUUUCUCGACGAAAUGACCCAUUUCGACCAUGAAAGAUGUCCCGAACGUGUCGUUCACGCUAAGGGUGGUGGUAAAUGGAAUAAAAAUCGAAAAUUUGGCUUGACUUUUAUUUUGAGGAGCCCACGGCUACUUCGAAGUGACUCGCGAUAUUACGAAGAUCUGCAAGGCGGAAAUGUUCAGCGAAAUUGGCAAGAAGACUCCGAUGUUGGCUCGAUUUUCAACCGCUGGUCAGUUUUAUGAAAAAUUAAGUUUUUUUUGGGGAGAAAAACUGAGUUUCGAAUCAAUUUCAUGCUAUUUGAAAAUUUUGUGUCUCUGUAAUUUUCAAAAUCAACAGAGACAGAAAAAAAUAUUUUUUUAUUUUGAUGAAAUUUCAACCAGUGUUAUCAUAUGACAUCAGGAUUGUGGAAACAACUCUUUGAGCUAUUUCCUCUUACUGUAGCCGGGUUACGGUAGGCGGGUGAUAAUCUGCGUAUCUAAGUAUUAACGAGUUUUUUCUAGGCAAUUUGUAUAUCAAUCUAUAGUUGAUGCAAUUUUAGGAAUCUUUUCAGUACACACUAACUUGGGUUACUGUAGAAAUUUUCGAGAUACGGUUUUUUUUUGUUUGCGAUCUGGAUUUUUGGUCACCCUGUUCAUAAUAAGUAUUUCCUGUUAAAGAUAGCAUUCUAGAAGAUUUUUCAGGUCAUUAGGUACAAAUACAUACCACAUUGAAAUAAUUUUGUGAUACCCAUCAUGUCGCAAAAUCGCGCCGAACGCGCGCAACUCGGGGUUCCAGCGUUUAGACUCGCCUUGGAUGAUGGCCUUAAACCUUCUUUUAUUGCCUGAACUUUUUCUGAAAGCUGUUUCGCUUGGAAAUAAGAUCCAUAAACUCCUGGAAAAAGUCGUUCUCACAAAAAAAAUUUUGAGGCGGCGAACGUGGAUCACCGGACAGCGUAAGAGACCCCCGAGGAUUUGCUUUGAAAUUUUACACCGAAGAAGGAAAUUGGGACUUGGUUUGGCCAAAAAACAUAUUUUCUUCAGUCUUAUGAUAAUUUUUCAGGUCUGUAACAACACGCCGAUAUUCUUCUUCCGGGAUCCCAUGCAGUUCCCGAGUUUUGUCAACUGUUUGAGGAAGAAUCCUCAGACACACGUCAAGGACUGGAACAUGAUGUUCGACUUUUUCCAGUCCCGUCCCGAGACUAUCCAUCAAGUUUUUCAGAUUGCUGGAAUUAUGAAAAAGUGAGGUUUCAGGUGAUGAUUUUGUACAGCGACCGCGGUAUUCCUUGUUCAUAUCGUCAUAUGAAUGGCUAUGGAGGCCACGCCUUCAAAAUGAUCAACCAGGAAGGGAAGGCGACCUACGUCAAGUUCCAUUUCAAGGUUCGGGAUCAGAAAAUCAAGGAAAAAAACCUUGAAAAAUGUGAAUUUAGUUCUUUUUGAGCUCCUAAUCGCCUUACAGGUUCAAUUUGUCGAUUUUUUAAAGUUGAUGAAAAAAAAAUCAACUAUCCUUAUUGAACGCAGUGUAAAUGAAGUUCCAUUUCAGGUUCUUGAUCAGAAAAAAAAAACAGAAGAAGAUUUUUAUGUUUUUUUCUAUGUGAACUAGAGAUAUAUGAAAGAGACUUAUAAAAUUCAAAAAUUAAAAAAAGGAAAAAUGGUCAACUUUUAGUUCUAUUUGAUGGUUCAGAAAAAUCAAGAAAAAAAAAAAAAAAUUAAUUGAUUGUAUUUUUUUAAAUCUCGACUGUGUUGCAACUGUCAUUUAAAAAAAUUCUUGAGGUAGAAAAAAAUUUAAUCUGAAAUUUAUAACUCGAGCUUUUUCUUUUUAGUAUUAGCUUAGAAAGCAAUAUUAAAACAUGGAAUUAAAAAGAAAAAAAUAAUAAAAUUUUUUUAUUUUUUUCCAUUUUCAAAGUUUCUCAGGGGAUUCGUAAAGUACAAAAAUGGGAUUUCAAAGAUUUUGAAAUAAUUUUCAUUCCUCCUUCAAGAUCAAAAGAUCGGGAUUUUUUAUUUGUGUUGAGAGUUUGAUUUGUUGGUUUGAACUCGGGGAAUCAAUGUCACAUAGAAAAUAAAUGUUUUCUCACUGUUACACUCACGAGAGAAACAAUAGUUUAAUUUCCGAUAGAAUAAAAAAAUAGUAAAAGGAACAGAAAAAUGAUCAAGUUUCUCUCAAAGGUUCAAUCUCCGAGAAGUCAAAGAAGAGAAGAAAAAAGGACAGGAAUCAAAGGUUUCUCACUGUUGGCCAAACUAGAGAAAAAUUUUCUGCAUUCCUUUGCUCCGAGAUUCUUUUAGGGGAAAAAUAGGGGACAAAAAUUUGGAUCCAUUUCAACCUCAUGCUACAGUUUCGUCAGAAAAAAAAUUGUUUUGAUCAAAACUUUGGAUUUCAAUCUUUCUGAAACUUUCUGGAUUUCUGAUGAGUGUUAUUUUCAACACCGUAGUGGAACCUAAGCUCUCAGGAAAAAAAAAACGCAGCUCAGAAAGUUACAUAUGGAUAGAGCUCCAUGAAAGACAGUUGUGAACAAAAAUGAAAGAAAAUCUAAAUGUAACAAUAAAUUUCAGUGUCUCUGUCUUAUUCAUACAAUCAAUAAGUUUUCUUGUUGAUGUUAUUUUUUCUAAAGUUUAAUUUUUUCAUUGCCUUCUUAGGCAGUUUUCAGCACUUAUUUGAAACCACAUUAAAAGUCGCGCCUUUGAAAACUAUCAGGAGCCUCACAUUUAAGAACAAGAUCUCAUUGAAAAUUAUCUUUAGACUUUUACAAAAAUCAUGGAAUAAACUUAUUCUAGCCUUAGGAAGAAAAAGUUUCUUCAAGACUUCUGCACCUUCAAAACCCUAGAGAAAAUUAUUAAAGACUGUAAAGCUUUAAUUAUUUUUUUUUUCUAGCUCUUCUGAGCCAGACUGUAAUAUCCAUCUCCGUUUGGAGCUUUGCGUAAUUUCCUUCUUGACCGGUACAAAAGUUCAAAGAUAAGAAAACUAUUUGACACAUUCACAAAAUAAAAAAACUUCAUUUUAUUUUUAAAUUCCUCAUUUCAAACUUUCUAAUUCCAUCGAAAUCAUUUGGCUUUCUCUUACAGAAAUAGUGACUCUCCAGCGGUUUUUUUAUUAUUUUUUUAUAAUUUUUUUCUUAUAAGGUGGUCUCAUAAGAUCACUGCGUCAGAACGGCCCCUUCCUAGUGUAACAACCUAUUUCGAAUGCUUCUUUUUUUGAGUCCAAAGGGAUCAUAAGAUUGAAGUUGUUUAUUUUUCAGUUUUUCUCUUGAAAAAGGAAGAAAAAAGUUGAAUUUCCCCAGAUAACCACCUAAAUGUAGAUCCUAGAAAAGUUAUGGGAAAAAUUAAUUCUUAUUUUCGGGGGACUUGUCCCCUUCUGAGCUCACAUGCAUACAACUUAUCAGUCUAAAUAUGCAUGUUCAAGUUUUUUUUUUUUUGACUGUUCAUAAAAAUUGCUUUUAGGGCUUAUUUUGCUCAGAAGUGAAUCGGUCAGAAUUCCUGAAACUCAUAAAAAAUUGUCAGUUGUUUUUAAUCAGCCAUUUGAUUAUUAAGAACAGUUUCUUACUUCUAGACCCAACAAGGCAUCAGAAACUUCACCCCGGAAGAAGCUUCAAAAAUGGUUGCUGAAGAUUGCGAUUGUUGCGUUCGCGACCUUUUCGACUCGAUUGAAAAAGGAGACUGUCCCGAAUGGAAAAUGUACAUCCAGGUGAUAGAUAUCGAUUGAUCGAUUGAAAUGCGUUCUUCAUUUUGAGGUGAUGACUUUCGAACAAGCCGAGGCUUUUCCAUUCAAUCCAUUCGACGUGACGAAAGUCUGGCCCCACGCCGAUUUCCCACUCAUGGAAGUGGGAAGAAUGGUCCUGGACCGGAAUCCGAUGAAUUACUUUACCGAGGUUAGAGAAAUGAUGAUUACGAAAAGGGUGUUUCUUAAUCGAAAAUUUCAUUAAAAUUAUAGAAUUUUAAUCAGUAUUAGUGGUAGAUUGAGCCAUUCCAAGUAAGAUGCUCAGGUCGAGCAACCGCCUCCCUUAAAUGAUCACAAAAGUUGUGUCUCUUGAGCGAAAUUUUCGUUUAAAUCGUUCAAAUCAUUUACUCAGUAUUAAUGGUAAAGAUUGAGCCAUUCCAAGUAAGAUGCUCAGGUUGAGCAACCGCCUUCUUCAAACAUUAUCGAAAUAGCAUCAUUUCAUCGAAAAUUUCAUGCAAAUCAUCACAAUUCAUUCAGGACUUUAGCGCAAAAAAUGAUCCAUUCCAACUAAGAUGCUCAGGUCGAGCAAGCCGCCUUCACCCCCUCCCACGCCGUCCCAGGCAUCGACUUUUCGCCCGACCGUAUGCUCCAAGCCCGUCUCUUCUCCUACAAGGACUCCCAAUACCACCGCAUCGGACCAAACUACAUGCAACUCCCGAUCAACUGUCCCUACCGUAGCCGGGUCGCCAACAACAUGCGCGACGGCUACAUGGCUCUCUGCAAUCAGUGCAAUGCGCCCAAUUAUCAUCCCAACACUUUCAAUGGUCCCAAGGAGUCGACGGUUAAUAGUUUCGAUGUUUAUAAUGGGUGUCUGACGGGAAACUUGUCACCACUUAGAUAUAGCUGAUUCACGGCUAGCUUGGGACGCUAAAGGGGCGUGGCCUGUCUGCGCUCUCCACGAUGCAGGCACUAUCUCACGAAAUAUCGUGUCAGGACCCAUUUUGCGAUGGCUCAAGCCAGCCGUGAAUCAGCUCCAUAGACAAAAUCAGCCAGAAAAUCAACUUGGCUUAGAUUUUUGCUGCAAGUGCGCUCUACCGAUAAAAAUCAGGGCUCUCUAAUUUCAAUCAACUUUCAAAGGAAAUGCAUCAACAGUUUUGAGCAGUUAUUUUUAGAUUUUUCGAAUCACCUAGUGGCAUUUUUCGUGAACAAUAUUAUCCUUCCUUCUAAACUCUUCGAAAAAACAAAUUUUUGCAAGUUUUCCGCUGUUCGGAUCGCAGAAUUUGUCCGUCAGAUACUAAGACCUAGGAAAAAAUAUUUUUUUGAACGGAAAGUAUGUGACGAUAGGUUGAACGUGGCUGCCUCCAACAUUCAUUUCCUGUGGUGGGUGACGUCGGCCGGUACGACGACAGUGACGAUCAUAAUUUCGAGCAGCCGAGGGACUUUUGGACCAAGGUGCCGUCUUUCAAAUCACAUCUCAAUGAAGUAAAAAAAAUGCAACAUUCUUUAUCAGAGGCGUUUUGAGAAGAUGCGUAUUUUUUUUUUCGAAUGAACCUUUUGAAGAUUUCAGCUGAAUUUUUCAAAAUAUUUUUCUUAUUUAAAAAUGACUUCAGUCGGCUCACCUUUUUGGUCAGCUUUUUAUCCAUUUUGAAUGUUUUUGAAAAAGAUUCGAAAAUAUGAAAAAAAAAAAAUUCGUUCUGUUUGGUUUUUCAGGUCCUCGACGAAAAUGCCCGUCGCCGUCUGUGCGAAAAUAUGGUCGAGAUCUUGAAAAAGUGCUACCCACGCAUUCAAGACGGAAUGGUCGAUGUUUGCACCAAAGUCAUUGAAAAAUAUCAUUUUUCCGUUGAAAAGUGGCAUUUUUAAGGUUCACACCGACUUUGGAACGUGCGUUCGUCAGCUUCUCGACACUGAAAAAAUGAAAGAAAUGAAGGUCUCAAUAUGAAAAAAGCCUAUUUUCGUGAAUUUUCAUGAGUUUUCAGGUUGAGGCGUGAAUUCUUCCGUUUUUCAAGUUCCUCUGAAGUAAAUACAAUGUAGAGUUGUACAGAAGAAGUGGUUAGAUUUUUCCAGUUGUACUUUGUAAAUAAAUAAAUAAAAGAAAAAAAUCGCAAUUUUUUUAUAAAUGUACUGAAAUACAACGCAAAAAUUUUUCAUUUAUUGUUUAAAAACCAUGGUUUUUGAAAUAAAUUAGAGGUUUUAUGGGAAUUCUGAUGCGACUGUUCAAAAAAAUAAAACAAAAAAAGGUUAUUUUGAAAUAAUUCAACUCUUUUUUUCAUAAACCAUGAUCCAAGAAAAUCAAGAAGAAAAAGAAAAAAAUCGCCGAUUUUGAAGAGCCAGGUGCAGUUUAUGUACAUGGUUACCAUGGCGACGACUCCUCCUAUUGCUAAUUUUGAGCUUUUUUUAUUGUUUUCUUUUUGGGUUUUCCAGUUUACUUUUUGAUUAUAAAUCGAAUCAAUCGAUUUAUUUUUCCCAAUCGAAUGCUUCAUAAUUAUCUUUUUUUAUUAGAAUUUUUUAAAAAAGCACGAUUUUUUUCAUAGUUUUGCUCUUGAAAAAUCACACAGAUUUUAAUUUUUUUUGUUUUUCUCCAAGGUUCGGUUCAUUCAUAACUAUGAAAGAAUAUGAUUUUAAUAUCAGAAUGGUUUUCCUUUCAUUAAAAAAAGCUAUAAAAAAAGCUCAUUUUCAUUGUUUUUUUCUUUAAAAAAACUCUAUUUCUUAGUUUUUUUUUUGUAUUUCUUGAAGUUGGUUUCCUGCGAGUUUGCUUCAAUAUUUCAAAUAUAAAUUGGGAUUUGCGAAAAAAUAAUAAUAUACAAAUAAAGAUGCGAACGCAAAAAGUCGAAUGGGCGCCUCACUGCAAUUGGCUCUGCGUUUUAACCUAUGAUGAUGAGACGAAAACGGGAACCGUCUCGUUUUGCGACCAUACGGUUGGUUUUCGACUUUUUGUAACCUACUUACAUAAGUAUCAUGUUUUAAUUUCAAAAUAUAGGGAAUGAAAAAGAACAAAUUUUGAGUGAAUUGAAAAGAAGCUCUUGGAAAGGUUUCACAAGGAUCCUAGAAUCAUAGUUUUUCAUUUCCUCUUUAGCAUAGGCAAAGUCGGAAAAGGUGAAAAAAGGCUCCAUAGCUAUGCUUAUGCAUAGGAAUUUUUCUUUUAGUGACAAAGGUACUUUUUUGCUGCCUUUUUUCGCCAUUUCUUCGACCUAUAUGCCCCAUUUUCGCUAACUCUCUCUUUUCCACCAUUCCUUGAGCUUCUAAAAUCCCAGAAAAAAUGGAAGGCUCGAUAAAGGGACUCUCUUUUCUGCCUUUUUGCUACCUUUCUGCGGCCUUUUUUGAGCUUUCCUUUUAACGGCCAUUAUCCACCAUUCCGACUUUGCCCGGGUAGAUUCCAAUUACAGUUUCACGCGCAUUUCAUGAAAACGGUGAUUGAGAAAAAAAAAAGAUUCACUUUUCAAGGAGAACUCAGUGAAAUUCACAAGUUGGACAAAAACAGAAGCUUUGAAAGGCUUCCCUCCUAGCAUAACUAAUAGUAAGGUGAAAUUCGAUCGCCAACUAGCUUUUAAUGCAUCUUUUUUCUUCAUGUUGUUUCUAAGAAAUAUAUCCUUUUUUUUAUCAAUUCCAGAGCAAAAACAAGCAGAGCGGAUGUGCACGAAACAGUGUCCCAACGUCGAUGAAAUGGCAUCCGAUACAUCAAUUCGUGGCCGUCGGUUGGCUCGACGGCUGCGUUUGUUUGGUUCCAGUCGGUGGCCCGAUUUGUGAGUCCGAUGAUGGGAAUAUUGAACUAAUAACAGAAAAAUACCAUAAUUUUCACGAUUUUGUUGCUCAAAACUGUUUUUUACAAAUAUCUUUUUAUGAGGCGCUUCUUAAGGUAUUAGAUGCCCAAUUUUUUUCAAAAAAAUUAUUUUUUUUCUCCAAAUAAACUCAAAGAUUUUUUCCACCCCAUGAUAAUAAGUUUUUAAUAAAGUAACCUCAAUAAAAGGCAAAUGAAUUUUAGAAUACGUUCUUCAAAAAAACAUAUUAUUUUUUUCCAGUGCACAACGUAGCUGACGUCGGAGGAAAUGAAGUUUCUUUUAUCGAUUGGAGCCAUGAAGGCAACACGUUGAUGACCAUGCAUAGUGUAAAAUUGAAUCCAAAAAAUCAAAGUUUUUCUUAAUUACAGCCGUCUGUAGUGGUGACUUACAGUUUGUCGAUGGGAAAGCAAGAAAAUGUGACGACGGGAAAGAAAUUUCAAAUCGAUUUACGCGAAACUGUAACGUGUCAGACGAAGAAGUUGCUUUUUGAGUAAUUCAGAAUUGAACCUGAAGAAUGAUUUUUUAAUAUUCAGAGUUCCAAGUGUAGUUUCUCAAGAGGAAACGGACGAUAUGGAGUUGAAGUUGCUUGAAGAUAAGAUGGUGGCUUUUUCUCAUAGUUCUUGUAGUAUUUCUUGUCCUCUAGUCGUUGUCGGAGUCUAAUUUCGAUUUUUAGGCGGUAGCAAAAGUGCCUAGAAAACCGAUUGGAACGGAAUUCUUGUUCGGAACCGACAAUGGCAGCAUUUUUAGUGUUGCUGAAAGCGACAAGAAGUUGGUCCACAAGGUGGUUUUCAUUGAUUUUUAGGAAAAUGAUUACAAGUUUCAGCUCGAUUCUGGAGUUCUGUUCAUCGCCUACUGUGAGCCGAAAGAACUGAUAAUAUUAUUCACUCAAGACGUUUUUAUUUAUCAUUUGCUGAACACUCCGAUCGAUGGGAGGGUUGAGAAAGUCAAGGUAAUAUAAUAGCGAUUUGAAAAAAAAUAUGAAGCAAGAUUAUUUAGAAUGAAAAAAGAAGUGGAAAUUUAAAAUUUAGUGUAUGAAAAUCUUUGAGUAUUCCAUUCCAAAUAUGCCUUUUCUUCACGUAUUUUCAUAGGUCAAACUCGGCGGCAAAGCCUCAAACUACAAACUGGAGCUGAACGAAUCAAUGUUGGUCAUGUGCUGGAAUGAACGCGAUAUGCGAGUUUGGGACCUGAUGCAAGAGGAAAAUGGCACAGUUUCCCUGGAAACUAGCAAGGGAUUCGACCAGAAUGACAUCAUUCAGUGUGUCACGGUCAAUGCCAAGAAAGGUGAGAGAAAGGAAAAUUAUUGUGGAAAGAAAAAUGGAUUUUUCUUUCAUUCUGAUAAAGUUUCACUUCUUAUAAGGUAUCAUAUCCGGAGGUACAAUGGACGGCAAAGUGGCGAAUUGGAAGCGAAGAAAAGGCGAUACGAAAAUCGACUCAAUGUGGAAGCUGCAGACGAGCAAUAUCGUCGGAAAAGAUGUGAAUUUUCAUUGAAAACCUAGGAAAAAUUUUUGAUGAAAUUUUGAUAAACUACCAUAUCGAUCUUUCAUCUUUGUAGAUAAUUUUCGAGAUUUCAGAUCGUCCAAAUCCGAUGGAGCCCCAUUGUGGACAGUGUAGCCGUGGUGACCAGCGAGGAGUUGGUGAUACUGGAAGAUGACAAUUUUAUCGUCAGGAUGAGGAAUAAGGUUGGUUUAUCAAUUUUCUAAGCUUGAAUGGAAAUAAUUCAGAUCGCCGUCAUUCAAACGUCGUCAAACACAUUCACGCUUCUGAACGCCGCCACCGGAGUGAACCAAGAUCUGAAGCUACCGAUAUCCGCCCGAGGGAUUUGUCUGGGUGAUAAGCAGCUCGUCGUUUGGAGCGAUGAUACUGUAUGUAUUCCUGAUAUGAAGUCAAUCUCAAAUUGUUCACAUGGACCUUGUAACCGUCGACUUUCUUUUUACCUUCCUUCUCGUUAAUCGCAAUCAGUUCAACUGGAAUAAUAAAUUCUUGUAGAUUAUGACCUACGAUGUGCAGUCUUCCUUGGCAACGAUCCAAUCGACUUCAUUCGCCUGCGUCGCAUCGGACGUUGUUAUCACCAAUCAGACCCUUUAUUGUAUUGAGAAAGACAAAGUCAACUCGAGGACACUUCAGGUUGGUCGUCAAUUAGGGGGGUGAGACAAAAACAAAAAGUGCGAAACUGAAUAAAGGUACUUUUUGGAGAGGUUGGAUCUGAAGUCAUCGGAGAAGGGCUCUUUUUGCGUUUUGGUCAUGUUAUGGGGGCUCAAAGUUAGAAAUCGGUCUGUGGAAAAAGAGGUUUUCUGGCGCUUUCGAGACUUCAUAACUUAUUUAAGAGGCGAAAUUCGCGCCAUUUUAUGAUCAGUUCUGAAUCACUAUAGCCGAACGGACUUCUAUACGAUGUUUAAUAAAAAUUCUGAUAAAACUGCCUUUCGUACUUUUCUUUUUUCUAAAAAUUUCCUCUUUCUAGUAAUUUGUUAUUGAUUUUUUUUCAUCUCAUUUUCAGGGAACAAUUCGACAAAUUAUCUCACUUCCUGAAAUGGAAGGCGAUCCAGUUUCGUUGAACCUCAAUCGACACUGGCUGGUGAUCGGCUCCAGUCAUGGAUUCGUCCGAAUUUAUAACCUGUCCAAAAAGUUGAAACUCUCUUCGACUGAACUCAUAGAAAUUAUACAGAGAAGCUCAUCAAGAACACAACGCGAAAUAUGUUAUCGAAAACGUUCCGUCAUUUUCCCACUUUUCUUCGGUGAAAAUCAACCCGGCUGGGAAUAAAGUCGCCUGCACUUUCUAUGAGGUAAAAUUGAACUUACUGGGAAAAUUUUAAGUGGCCACCGUAGAGGUUCUCUAUUUAGUGGCCACUUCAGUAGUUUUUCAUCCAGUAUUCCUUCCAGUAAAUCUGUUAUUUAAAAACAAACAGAUGGGACCAGUUAUGUUGAUCCAUUGACCCCUAAAGUGGCCACUAAAGUUUUUAAUCGUCUAGUAGUAGCACUUAGACCUCUAGAGUAGGCACUAAUUUUAACCCCUUAAGUGGCCGCUAAUUUUACCACUAUAGUGGCCACUAAAACGUCAAAACCCCAUAAUGGUCACUAAAAAUUUCCGCAGUACAAAAAUGUAUAGCCGAUUCACGGAUAGCUUGGGACUCUAAAGGGGCGUGGCCUGUCUGCUCUCUUCACCAGCCAGGCACUCUCUCUUUUAUUAUCGCUUCAGGACCCUUUUUCCGAUGGCUAAAGCCAGCCGUGAAUUAGCAAUAUAUCUAUCUCUUUCUGCAGAGAAAUGUAAAUUAUUCAGAGUUUUGCCUGUUUUUUUACAGUAAAAUUAUUUCUUCAAUUUACUCCAAAAAAUUGAGAGUCUAUUCUUGAGCAUUUUAUAACAAAUGAACUUCAGAAUCCUACCAGUUUAUCCGAGCUCCUACUGAUUUUCGACGCGGAAAGCGAUUCAAUCACGUACUUCUCUUUCGACAAAGGCAUGACCGAUACCCAGGAGUAUGAGGCUCAAGCCGAACUCGCACAGUCGACAGAGGGACGACCGGUGACCGCUGCGGCCAGGUUAUUUGAAAAUUGAUUUUUUAGGACAGAAAUAACCUUGAAAAGUAGAAAAUUUGAACAGUGUUUGAAAAAAAUCCCGAAUUUCUCAGAGAUUCGCCUGCUGGAUUUUUUGGCUGACGGGCUAGAAAAUAGUGAAAUGUCUUUAGGCUUGAAAAAAAGUUUUGAAAGUUUUCCGCAUAGUUGAAAAAGCAUCACUCUUUAGAAAACUUCAACUUGUUCAAAAACUUCUGAUUUUCAAGAAAAAUGGCCCGCGAACAGACUCGAUUCCAAAUGAUGUAUCAUCGGCCAGGGGAAAUGUACUGGGACGAUUCUGACGGCCGGUAUCUUGUCGUUGAAUGCAUGCACAUGCAACAGGAAAUGGUCAGAAUUUGAUUGAUUUGAAGGGAAAGAAACUUGAAAAACAAUGAAGAAAAGAAUUUGCAUGUACUGAAAAAUUGCCAGGGAAAGGUAGCAGCUUAUGUGCUUCAUUAUCAACUGAAAACCCUGGGAAAGGCCAUCUGUAUUCAAUCUUUAUUUCAAAAUUAAAUUGAACACGGCAUAGCUCAGCUGGCAAAACUCAUUUCUAACGUCCGCAAGGUCGUAGGUUCGAGUCCCCCCGAGGUCGACCAAGCCUUUCAUCCCUCCGGGGUAGAUAAAUUUGGGAGCUGCAUGCAGCGAAAAGGCUCAAUCUCUGCCAUCGGCCUUUGGAAAGCCGGCACCGUACUUCUUCCUACGACCUCUCUUGUACCUGAUGUUCUACGAGCGAAAUUCACAACUUCUCUGCAUAAGCCACAGCUCCUGCCGCCGUUUAAACACAGUUGAAAUCAAUGAAAGUCGAUUGCACAUGUACUCUUACAUUGAAGAUGCAAUAAACAGUUUUUUUAAAAAAAAUUGAACACAACUUUUUCAAGUUUUGUGAAUUCAAAAAUGGGAAAAAAAGAAUGGUGUUAGUACCUCUUUUUAAAUUUCAGAACGAUAAUCGAAUUCUGACCAUGUUCGUGACCUCAGAACACGGAAUUCUACUUCAAGACGUCCAGAGAAAAAGCGCCCAGUGUGGUCGACUUGUUUCAGUCGCUGUCCCAGUUCUAUAUUUCGUCAAGAAAGUUUGAAAACCCAUUUAUUCAGUAGUGAGAUUCUUCUUUUAUAGAUAGAGUGGGAGGAGGAAGAAGUGAAGGACGAGAAAACAAUUGGACGGGCUUUGAUUGGCAAAACUUUGCGCGAGUUUUCGGGUGAGAUAAAGUUCUGAUUUCGUGAAAAUUGGAAAUUUGAAACAUUUUCAGUAUAUUUUUAUUGGGAAUGUAUGUCUUUUAGGAGUGGAAAACUGUGACGAAGCGACUCGGAAAGCGAUGAUGGAUUUUUGCUAUUAUUUGAUUUUGGGCAGCAUGGACGCCGCUUUCAAAGCCAUUCAGUUCAUUAAAAGGUUUGAUACCUUGUUUAAAAAGACUGGAAUCGAAAUUUAUUUGAUAUUUUUUUUCAGUGAAAGUGUUUGGGAGCAAAUGGCGUCGAUGAGUGUGAAGACUGGCCGAUUGGAUGUGGCCGUCGUUUGUUUGGGUGAAGAAAGAAAGUUAUUUAUUUUAAUACAAAAGAAGAAUAUUUCAGGACACAUGAAGAAUGUCCGUGGAGCUCGAGCCAUCAGAAAAUCCCAACAGGCCGGGGAAAACGAGUCGAUGCAGUGCGCAGCUUUGGCCGUCGAACUGGGGAUGCUUGUGAAUUUUGAAUUUUUUGAAAGUUUUAGACAACUUUCGGUUUCCUUUUUUGCCGUACUGUCACUUUAAUCAAUAUACUUAUCUGAAAGUUAUUCCAGAUUGGAAGACUUUAAAAACCGAACGAUAGAUCUCUCGAAUUGUUUCUCAAAAAUGACUAAAAAUCAAGCUCAUCAAUAACAGAAUUCUUUUCAAGGCAAUAGAAAAUUUUCCCACCCAAUCUCUGCUCUCUAUAAAUGCGGAAAAGUGGGGGUUUUUUUAAAUAUUUUGUUUCCACUUCUCAUUGUUUUUCUCUUUUUUGACUCUUCUCUCUCUGAAGUCAUUACGCUCAUGUCUAAUUGCUAAAUGAGGCACUUUUUGACACAAGAGACAUUUCUGAAGUCAUUUAAGCUUACCAGGGAACGUUUUUACCGUUUUUUACCGGGCUUUUGAAGUAUCCUAAUUCGAAAACGAGAUCGAAUGGGAGCAAUUUUCUUUUGUUCUAGAAUCAGGGGGUCCUAAAGUACACAUAAGUUCAACCGGGGGGUAAAAAACGUUCCCUAGUAAGUUAUAUAUUCAAAUUACCUGUCAUCCGAAGAUUUUUAUAAAAAAGUUUUCAGGACGACGCCCAGCGACUCUACGCUUCAAAUGAGCGUUGGGACCUCGUCAAUAAAAUAUAUCAACAACAGAAUCUGUGGAAUCAGGUGAAGAAUACUUGAAUUGAAAGUAAUACUUCAAAAAUACUGUCAGGCGUUCCAAAUAGCCGAAACCAAGGAUCGAAUCCACCUUCGAAAUACGCAUUAUAACUAUGCCAAGCAUCUCGAAGAAUACGGAAAUUUGGAGCAAGCCAUCGAAAAGUGGGUAUUGAAAAUAUUGGAAACAUCAAAAAAUAUAUAAUAAUUAGACUAUUUAGCACCGUUCCUUUCACUUUCAAUAUGGAUAAUUCAUUUUUAAUCAAAAAAUCUUCAAUUUUCAGCUACGAAAAAGCCGGGGUUCAUCAGUUCGAAGUCCCUCGGAUGUAUGCGAAUGAGCCGAAACAGCUCGAAAACUAUGUGAGAAGGAAAAGAGAUCCGUUAGUGAUUAUUUUGACCACUUUUUUCCAUAUUUGUCUGUUCAGAGAUCUCCACAAGUAUUGGGCCGGCUAUAUGGAAAGCAUUGGUGAAUAUGACGGCGCCUAUAAUUUCUAUUCUUUUGCCAAAGAUUUUCUGGCGAUGGUUCGGAUCCGAUGCGCCCAAGGAAGGGUUGAAGAGGCGAGAAAUAGAGUUAUCACAAGAAAAAAAGAGAAAAAGUAACCUAGAAUAAAUAAAGGGCUUAGAGUUUGAUCAAAAAGCUCCUUAUUAAGUUUCAAAGUUUCUGUUUAUUUGAAAAAAAGAUCCCUAUAGAAAGUUCUCUUAUUAAGUUUUGUAUAGUCUGUGUGCCACGACUUGAAAUUUCACGGAACGACAUUCCGCUGUCCCGCUGCGUGCGUUCGCGAAGCGUCUUUCGAACCUAGGUCACGCUCUCAAUUGAUUGUUUUUGCUGUAAGCACAUGAAAGUAGAGUACCUUAAUAAAAGAAAAAAGAAUAAAAAGCGCGGCCAAGGGUCGCAAAGGCGCUCAGCGGCACACCGGAAUGUCGUUUGGUAAAAUUCCAAGUCGUGGUACACAGUCUAUACCUUUAUGUUCAUUUUAAAGAAAAGGCAUCACUCAGAACAAUUAUUAAAGUACUAUGAAAUAUCAGAAGCAUUUCUCCUUAAAUUUUCCAACUGUCUAUCCAUUUCCAACUUCUCAACCUCAUCGAACCAAAACUACUGUGUAUUCCGGCUUGAUCAAAUGUUUUCCUUAUCUCGCCACGUUGUCCCAAUUUUUACAUUUUAUUACCCUUGUCACAUGCCAGACGUGUUUGUUCUAUUUUCUCCAUUAACACAACGAACUUGAUCACACCACGUGGUUGAGAAAGAUGGAAUGGAAGCUGUCGAAAUAGUUUGGAAGAACCAGAAUGUGCAGAAGAGAAAUUGGUUGAGAAGUUUCUGAUCAGUGGAAAUUUGGAUAGAAUGGUAAAUAAACUGGAAAAUUUACUGCCAAGCGAAAAACGGGUGCAAAAAGGGAAUGACUGCAAAAUGUCCGCUGAAAGGGUUCCGUUUUGCGGCCUUUAUCGAGCCUUUCUUCCUUGGUGGGAUGAAAAGCCUCAAAAAGGGGCUCGAAUUCCCGGCCAAUGAAGAUUUUCGAUUUUAUUACUGUAGCCCAUUUUGGUUCAUACACAGUCACUGGUGAAAAUUAUUCUCAAUUUGAAAAAAAAAAAUGGGUUUCUUAAGGUUUCAAAAAGGGUGAAUAAAGGCCGAUGAAAGGACGGAAAAAGGCAGUGAAAAGGAAACCGUUGCCCUUCGUUUAGGAACAAUCAAUGAAAACCUUUGCAUCCAUAACGGACUCUCAAAGGGCCUGUAAAGGGUCCUUCCUGUCUAUGUUUUAAAACGAAAUCGGCUUGAAUUCUAUGAACUAAUCAUCGGCUGAGUAGUAAAUGUGAGGAAAAAGCGGGUUCAGCCUAUUUUUGUUCAAUUUGGGGUUUAAAGAUUUUUCCAUUUGAGUCUACUUUUGGAUCUUUGAAGCCAAAGAGCAUUGGGAAACGAGAUGGCGUUUAGAGAGAAAAAAAGCCUGCCCUCUCAUUUUUAAAUACUCUCUAACUUUCUGGGAUUCGAACGCAGGUUCUGUAACUUCACUAAUUUUUCAAUUAUGACAACUAUGUAGGUCAAAACGGAGAAGCUCCUCAGAAGCUCAAGAAAAAUCUUCUAAGGACCCACAACAGAUCUUUUUUAACUUCUCUUUUGUCUUUCUACCACAUCCUUUAAUUAAAAGAUGCUGGAAAGAAACUUAAAAGAUCACAGGGGAUUCAAGAAGGAUCCUCUGAAGCUAUCAGAAAGGAGCCCAGAAGCUUCUCCAUAAUUUUGAGGGAACCCUUUCAGCUCCUUCCGAAUGACCCCAAAGGAAUUUUCCGGUUUACCUGUGAAGAUUCAUUACAGGCGGCUCAAAUCGCACUAGAAUCAGCUGAUAAAGCUGCAUGUUUCCGGAUGGGAAGGCUUUACGAGGCGGAAAACGACAUUCAGAAGGCUGUUUUGUUCUACACCAAGGCCAGGGCUCUCAGCUCGGCUAUUCGGCUUGCAAGGGUUAUUGAAACUUCCUUACUUCCUAGGGACCACUCUAGAGCUCCUAAAAAGGGCAAAAUGACCUUCAUCACAGAAAAAAAAAGCUUUUGGGGUCACCCUGAGAGAUAAUUAUUGAUACAACCUCCAAAAAUAGUACUCACUCUCAGGAGCACGACAUGAAAGACCGAUUAGCUAACUUGAGCCUCAUGGCCGGUGGAAAUGAUUUGGUGGAAGCUGCUCGAUAUUAUGAAGAUCUACCCGGUUACGCUCACAAAGCUGUCAUGCUCUACCACAAGGUUGUGUUUUGCCAACUCUAUCCUGAUUAUGUAAUAAUCUUCAGGCCGGAAUGAUUGGCCGAGCCUUGGAUCUGGCUUUCAGAACCGAACAAUUCACGGCGUUGGACUUGAUAACGAAAGAUUUGGAUGCGAAUACCGAUCCGCAGAUUUUAAAGGUGAAUAUUAGUGAUCAUUGUUCAAUUCUUCGGAAAGACUGCGAAAUUUUUAGUGGCCACUAUAGUAGUCAAAUUAGUGGCCACUAAAGGGGUUAAAAAUUAGUGGCCACAAUAGAGGUCUAAGUGAUAAUACUAGACCACUAAAAAUGUUAGUGGCCAUUUUAGGGGUCAGUGGAUCAACAUAACUAAUCCAAUCUGUUUGUUUUAAAAUUAUCAGAGUUACUGGGAGGAAUACUGGAUGAAAAACUACUGAAGUGGCCACUAAAACGGAAAAUAGUGGCCACUUUAUUGUCCUCUCCAAGUAGUCCUUGGCGAGCCUCUAUAGUGGCCACUAAAAAUUUUCACAGGAUAUCAAAAAAUGGUCGAAUUUUCCAGAGAGCCGCAGAGUUCUUCGAAGGGAAUCAAAAUUACGAGAAGGCUGUCAACUUUUUGUGCAUGGCUAAGGAGGUUUGA